AUGGUAAUAAAUGAGCUUUUAGCAACAAAGAGGUCCACUCAGGAAAAGCUUCUUGACCCAAAUGUAAAGAACAAAGUGCAACUAAAAAAGUUGUACAAGUCCCAGAAAGCAGACUUGCAAAAGGAACUCAGGAAGCUUAAAGAGACUUGGUGGAGAAAUUUGUCUGAGGAGGUGCAGGUGGCCUAUGCUAGGGAAGACAUUAAAAGUUUUUAUAAUUUAUUAUGGCAAGCUUUUGGAUCCCAAUCUUCAUCAUGUGUUCCCUUGAAGUCAAAAGAUGGAAAUGAGGUUAUUAAAGAUCUUCCGGGAAUAAUAAAUAGAUGGAGAGAACACUUUGCAGAUCUUUUCUACAAUCUGUCUGUAGUGAACAUGUAUAUCAUAAACAACAUUCCACAAACAGAGAUAGCACAACACAUGAAUGAUACACCUUCGAUUGAAGAAGCAAAUCUGGCAUUAUAUAAACUGAGAUCAGGUAAAGCUCUUGGAUUAGAUGGUAUUCCAGUUGAAAUUCUGAAAACAGGUAGAGAUCAUAUUUCAUCUGAAAUUCACAGCCUGAUAACUCGAAUUUGGAAUGGAUCUUAUGUACCAUAG